AUGGAGGUAGAGUUGAAGGAUAGGAAGCCCAGCGAUAGCUCCGAAAGCUGUACUGAUGAAAAAAGUUAUCACAGCGUGAAAGAGGAUUCACGUGCUCAAGACGUAGUAAAAGAGGGCAAAGAAGAUGUUGUGAGGCCGAUAGAGGGCAAGGGUGGGCAGGCUGACCCUGAUGCAGUUAUAGAUCCGGCAACGCUGGAUUGGGAUGGGCCGGAUGAUAUGGACAAUCCACAUAAUUGGCCUGCGUGGAAGAAAUGGUACGCUACAAUGACAGUGGCGCUGCUUUGUCUGGUGGUGACGAUGGGAUCUUCACUUUAUGUAUCGAGUGUGCCUGUUUUCCAGGCUAGAUAUCAUGUGAGCCGGACCCUUGGUCUUGCGGGAUUGACAUUUUAUCUGCUGGGCCUAUCGACAGUGAUUUUUGCCCCAUUGAGUGAAGUGUUUGGUCGUAAACCCAUAUACCUGUUUACGCUGCCAAUAUCGAUGCUUUUCACUAUGGGAGUGGCCUUGUCCAACGGCCAUAUGAGGAUGAUUUUGCCACUACGAUUUUUCUCUGGACUCUUUGCAUGUCCGGCGUUGAGUGUUGGAUCCGGGACGGUCAUGGACAUAUUUGACUUCGAUGAGGUUUCUACGGCUGCUGUGUUGUUCUCAUUGGCGCCUUUUUUGGGCCCAGUUAUAUCCCCAAUCAUGUCUUCGUUUGCCGUGGAAGCUCAAGGCUGGCGCUGGACUCAAUACAUUCAACUAAUUGCUGGUGGAGUCAUUCUACCGUUCAUUUUUGUCCUACCUGAAACACAUAAAGGUAUUAUUUUAAAGAAAAGGGCAAAGAAGAGAAACUUAAAUUUGAAGGAAUUCACCAAGGAGGAACAAAAACAGUUUUUGAAGGUGGUCCUGACGAUGACCACUCUACGUCCGGUGAAAAUGCUUGUUGUUGAACCAAUUGUGCUUGUUUUCAGCAUAUAUGUUGCAUUUAUCUUCGCUGUCUUAUUUGGUUUCUUCGAAGCAUAUCCAAUUAUCUAUUCGGGAGUGUAUGGAAUGAGCUCUGGUGUUUCGAGUUUACCAUUUCUAGGGAUCGGUAUCGGUCUUUGGUUAGGAGCACUUUUCUACAUUGUAGUCGAUAGGAAAAUUUUAUUUCCAAAGGCACCUCCUGGAACUCCAGAGUUGGAGAACAGUACUUCUAAUAGGACUACUCCUUAUAGAGGAGAGAGGGAUCCAAAAACAAACGAACUUCUUCCUGUUGUACCGGAAAGGUUUCUAUUAGGUUGUAAAUGUGGUGCCGUAGCUCUACCAGUUGCCCUUUUCUGGCAAGCAUGGACCGCAAGACCAGACGUACACUGGAUGUCACCUGUUGCAGCUGGUGUUCCGUUUGGCUUUGGAUUGAUUAAUAUUUUUUUCAGUGUUAUCAUCUACUUCACGCAAUGCUUCCCGCCAUUAAUGGUUGCAUCUGCCCUAGCCGCUAAUUCCCUGUUGAGAUAUGUGGUGUGUAGUGUUUUUCCUUUGUUCACAGUACAAAUGUACGAAAACUUAAAAGUCAAAUGGGCAAGUACACUUUUUGCAUUGAUUUGUGUGGCAAUGCUACCGAUCCCAUGGAUCUUUGAACGUUGGGGCAGUAAAAUAAGACGUAGAUCUCAGUUCGGCUAUGCGGCGAUGAUCAAAACGGAAAAUGAACGUGAAGAGACUGACGGUGAUAAUUAUGAUGACAAUGACCAAGCCACUUUAAGCAGAGUAGCGACUUUACAAGUUUAUGAUGACUCACAUUCUAUGGCGUCUGUCAAAAGAACAUCUUCAAGAGUUAGUAAUGGUGGGACAAGCGGCCGUAGCCAAGCUGUUAUAAGAGCUGAGCCACAAGAAUCUAUGUAUGACCACUUGGAAAGUGAUCAUUCAGAAGCGUCUUUAUCGGAUCGCACUUCCGAUAAAGUUUAG